AUGGCGUCUCAAAUGUACGUGAUCAAGCGCGACGGCCAAAAGCAGGAGGUGAAGUUCGACAGCAUCACCAAGCGCAUCCGGAACUUGUGCCAGGGGCUGGACCCGAAGUACAUCGACCCGGUGCCAGUGACGCAGAAGGUGGUGGAGGGCUUCUACAACGGUAUCUCCACUGCGGAAGUGGACACCCUGGCGGCCGAGACCUGUGCUUACAUGUCGCAGAAGCACCCAGACUUCUCCACCCUGGCGGCCCGCAUCGCCGUGUCCAACCUCCACAAGAACACGUCGGACUCCUUCGCGGAGACCUGCCGGCUGCUCUACACCUACGUCGACCUGCAGGGUCGCCCAGCCGCCCUCCUGUCGCAGGAGAUGUGGACCUUUGUGGAGGCCAACGCCGAGAAGCUGGACGCGGCCAUCGACUACAAGCGCGACCUGGGCUACGACUACUUCGGCUUCAAGACCCUGGAGAAGUCCUAUUUGCUGCGGGUUCACGGCAAGAUCGUGGAGCGGCCUCAGCACAUGAUCAUGCGGGCCGCGUGCGGGAUCCACUGCGGAGACCUGGAGGCAGCCCUGGAGACCUACGACAUGAUGUCGAAGAAUUUCUUCACGCACGCGUCGCCCACGCUCUUCAACGCCGGCACUCCCAGGCCCCAGAUGUCUUCGUGCUUCCUGCUGAAGAUGAAGGACGACAGCAUCGAGGGCAUCUACGACACGCUGAAGCAGUGCGCCAUGAUCUCCAAGUCCGCCGGAGGCAUUGGCGUGGCGGUCUCCAACAUCCGUGCCAGCGGCUCCUAUGUGCGCGGCACCAACGGCAAGAGCAACGGCCUGGUGCCCAUGCUGCGAAAUUUCAACGAAACGGCCCGAUACGUGGACCAGGGCGGCGGCAAGCGCAAGGGCGCCUUCGCCAUGUAUUUGGAGCCGUGGCAUGCCGACGUCUUUGACUUCAUCGAGCUCCGCAAGAACCACGGCAAGGAGGAGCAGCGCGCUCGGGAUCUCUUCUUCGGCCUGUGGGUGCCGGAUCUCUUCAUGCAGCGGGUCAAGGACAAUCAGGACUGGACUUUGUUCUGCCCCAACGAGGCCUUUGAUCAGGAGACCGGCAAGGGCUUGAUGGACGUCUGGGGCGAGGACUUUGAGAAGAUGUACACCAGGCUGGAAGCGGAGGGCAAGGGCCGGAAGACCAUCAAGGCGCAGACGCUCUGGUUCCGAAUCCUGGAGGCGCAGAUGGAGACCGGCACGCCUUACAUGCUGUACAAGGAUCAGGCCAACCGGAAAUCCAACCAGCAGAACCUGGGCACCAUCCAUUGCUCCAACCUGUGCACGGAAAUCAUCGAGUACACCUCGGCGGACGAGGUGGCCGUGUGCAACUUGGCCUCCAUCGCCUUGCCCUCUUUCGCCUCAGACAGCCAGCCCUACGACUUCCAGAAGUUGUAUGAGGUGACGAAGGUCGUGACUCGCAACCUCAACAAGGUCAUCGACCGGAAUUACUAUCCCGUCGUGGAAGCUCGCCGGUCCAACAUGCGGCAUCGGCCAGUGGGCUUGGGUGUGCAAGGCUUUGCGGAUGCCCUCCUUAUGAUGAAGCUGCCCUUUGAAAGCGAGGCGGCCAAGCGACUCAACCAGGACAUCUUCGAGACCAUCUACUUCGCGGCCUGCGAGGCCUCCUGCGAGCUGGCGGAGGUCCAGGGGCCCUACGAGACCUAUGAGGGCAGCCCGGCCAGCCAGGGCCGGCUGCAGUUCGACCUGUGGGGCGUGGAGCCCAGCGCGCGCUGGGACUGGGCCGGCCUCAAGGCGCGCAUCGCGCGCAGCGGCCUGCGGAACUCCCUGCUGGUGGCGCCCAUGCCCACGGCCAGCACCGCCCAGAUCCUGGGGAACAACGAGUCCUUCGAGCCCUACACCCAGAACCUCUACGUGCGCCGGGUGCUCUCCGGGGAGUUCGUGCAGGUGAACCGCCACCUGCUGCGGGACCUCAUCCAGCGAGGUCUGUGGAGCGAGGAGCUCCGCAUGCAGCUCAUUGCCCACAACGGCAGUGUCCAGGGUCUCGAGCUGCCGGACGACCUCAAGGAGCUGUACAAAACCGUGUGGGAGAUCAAGCAGAAGGUGGUGGUGGAUAUGGCCGCUGACCGCGGCGCCUUCAUCGACCAGUCUCAGUCACUGAACAUCCACAUGGUGGACGUCACGACAUCAAAGCUCUCAUCCAUGCACUUCCACGGCUGGAUGCGGGGCCUGAAGACCGGAAUGUACUACCUCCGCACAAAGGCCGCGGCAGACGCCAUCAAAUUCACGGUCGAGGUGCAGAAGACGAAGAAAACCGCGACCAAGGAGCCUGACACGGUGAGCUCUGCCAUUGCCCAGCUGAAAGCUGAGGGGCCUAAGUACACCUGCGUUGGUUGCAGUGCCUAA